CCCACUUCCUAGAAAGACGCUUCCUUGUUACUUUGAGAAACAUGGCAACCAGGUGGGGAGUCUGCAGCGCGGGGAAGAUCAGUCAUGACUUUACGGUGGCCCUGAAGACUCUUCCUGUUCAAGACCAUCAGGUUGUGGCUGUUGCAGCUCGUAUGUUGGAGAAUGCUCAGGAGUUUGCCAGAAAACACAGCAUCUCCAGGGCUUAUGGCAGCUACGAGGAGCUGGCCAGAGAUCCAGAAAUAGAUGUGGUGUACAUUGGGAACAUCCACCCUCACCAUCUAAGUGCCUGUCUGCUCUUUAUGAAUGCCAAGAAAAAUGUUCUGUGUGAGAAGCCACUGGCCAUGAACACCAAAGAAGUGAAAGAGAUCCUGGACUCUGCAAAAACGAAUCAAGUCUUCCUCAUGGAGGCUGUGUGGACCCGCUUCUUCCCAGCUUCUAUGGAGGUCAGAAGGCUGCUGGCGCACGGGGAGAUUGGGGAGGUGAAGAUGAUCCGGUCAGAGUUUGGCAUUCCUCUGUUGCACAGACCUAGAUUAGUAGAGAAGGAGUUGGGUGGAGGAGCCUUGUUGAGUCUUGGGAUGUACUGCCUGCAGCUCGUGUGUAUGGUUUACAAUGGAGAGAGGCCAGAAAGCAUCCAAGCUACCGGAGUCUGCCUGGAGACAGGGGUGGAUGAGACUGUGAUUGUCACUCUGAAGUUCUCAGACAAGCGAAUGGCAGUGUUUACCUACUCUUCGAGUAUGCAGCUUCCCAAUGAUGCCAUUAUUUUUGGAACCAAGGGCACAAUUCAGAUUCCUGCCUGGAUGUGGUGCCCUACAUCAUUAGUUGUGAAUGGGAAGGAGACCCAGUACCCCUUGCCAGAACCCUGUUUGCCUCUGAACUUCAACAAUGGCACCGGGAUGCGUUAUGAAGCAGAAGAGGUCCGACAGUGUUUGAUCAAAGGGCUGAAGGAGAGUCCAGUCAUGUCUCACUCUGACUCUCUUCUGCUGGUUGAACUGGAGGAUGAGAUCCGUAGGCAGAUAGGGGUGGUGUUCAGCCAGGACUGCCAGUAAAUGUUUUACACAUAGUAUUCAUAUUGUGACAAAAGAAUAAUUUAUAACUGAAAAUGACUUGAUUACUGUGAUCCAGCUGGAGUUUGGAUUCAUCACUACAGCACUGUACCUCAUUUUUUGCUGACCUCAGAAGGUCUGUGUUAAGAGACAACUCACUUUAAGCUGCAUGCUAAAUCAACUUCAUAUUGGUUUAAUUUUUUUUUUUUUUUUACUUUGAUUACUACAUGUACAAGAAUCAUUACCAUCUGUAAAGGCAGUGAGGUGUAAAGGCAACACCUCAAUGAAAGCUCUAUCACUGAAAACUGAAGCAUUUUUGAAAUCAUGCCCAAAAUAAAACUUCUAAGUUUCUAAAGAUGUCAAUCUAAGAUGUUUAAUUUCAAUUAGACGAGCGAUUAAGAUUCUCACUGCAUAACCUUAUGAGAAAAUGUCAUGUUUACAAAUAUUUAAAACAAAAUGUACAACAUAAUCUAAAUACUUAAAUGAAAUACUUGUACUGCUGCUUAAUAAAUAUAAUGCAUAUA